UGUCCGCCAUGUUGCACUUUUUGUGGGUGGCGCGGUUGCAUGGUGCUGUUUUUUUGUAGCGGAUAAAAACUGUGUCACACUUUGUGUGGACCGCCUAGAAGUGGCUAGCACGCGCCGAGAAGAAUGCUGUGCCCAUGUGCGGGGAUUGGUGCUAUUUGCUGUCGUUUUGUACUGUAGGACGAUCAUGUGCUCCUUCUGGUAGGGUUUUGUGAUUCCAUGAGAUAGCCAUUUAAAUGGCCUGGACAUGAAGCCUCAAGUCGUUGUGCAAGUGUGUGAACUUUUGAAUGAUUAUGUUCAAAGUAGCAGCCACUUUUUUAGUGAAGAUAGCUAAGGAAUCAAGGUUUUACAAUCUCUUUGAAGUGGUUUUUAUGUACAACCCAUGAUCAUAGAAUGAAAUUUCCAUGGAACAACAUGAAUAUUCUGCACCAGCAUUACUCUUUGGUAAUGCUGCUAAUGUAUCUCAACCUUGCCCUGGGACACGGGCAGGACAUGGUGACGUCGGCGACACGCUGGUGCCACUUCUACAACGAGUCUGUGUGCCCGUACGGCGCCGACGACUGCCACCUGCGCAAGGCGUGUCUGGAGGACGCGCCGCCGGACCUGGGCGACCAGAGCUCGCGCCGCCACAUGUGCUUUGUUGCGUGGACAAACUCCACCACAGAGCCCAUCAGGGUCCUGCUGAAGGGCUGCAUGUUGGACGUGGAGCAGUGCCACAACCAGACCGAGUGCGUGGCCACACAGCAGCCCAACAGAGGCGCAUACUUCUGCUGCUGUGAAGCCGACUAUUGCAACAAGGACUUUCGGUGGAAUGGCCAACUUGCCAAGGCCACCACCCCAACUCCAUACACCAAACCCACGGUGGACCAGAGCUCGGAGACGGCACUCAUCACGGUGGUGACGCUGGCGCCGAUCGUGUUCGUCACCGUGUGCGUCCUCGUCGGCUUCUUCGUGUACCGCCGGCGCAAGCCCAGCUCCUUCAACGAAAUUCCGUCGCUGGACUCCGGCCUGGCGUGUCCGCCGUCGCCGCCGCCGCUGAGCCGGCCGGUGCAGCUGCUGGAGAUCGUGGCGCGCGGCCGCUUCAUGGCCAUCUGGCGCGGCCAGAUGGGCUCCGAGCCCUUCGCCGUCAAGAUCUUCCCCGGCCACGAGCGGCGCAGCUGGCAGGUGGAGCGCGAGGUGCUCGAGCUGCCGCAGAUGAAUCACGACAACCUGAUCAGAUUCAUCGGAGUGGAGAAGCACACGGACUUGGCCCAGGUGGAGUACUGGAUCCUGUCCGAGUACUGCGACAACGGCUCGCUCUGCGACUACCUCAAGGGCCACUUGGUCAGCUGGCCGGAGGCACUGCGCGUGGCCGAGGGGGUGGCGCGCGGCCUGGCGCACCUGCACGAGGAGCUGCCGGCAGGCCGCGCCGGCGCCGCCAAGCCGGCCGUGGCGCACCGCGACUUCAAGUCGAAGAACGUGCUGCUGCGCCGCGACCUGACGCCGUGCGUGGCCGACUUCGGACUGGCGCUGAUCUUCUAUCCGCAGCGACCCAUCGGUGACGUACACCCGCAGGUGGGCACGCGCCGCUACAUGGCGCCGGAGGUGCUCGAGGGCUCCAUCUGCUUCCACCGGGACGCGUUCCUGCGCAUCGACAUGUACGCGUUCGGUCUGGUGCUGUGGGAGCUGGUGUCGCGGUGUGCGGCCGCGCCCGGGCCCGUGUCCGAGUACCGGCUGCCCUUCGAGGAGGAGGUGGGCGCGCACCCCAGCCUGGACGACAUGCAAGAGCAGGUGGCCAACCGGCGCGUGCGGCCGCGCGUGCAGCCGCACUGGCGACUCCAUCAGGGCCUGGAGGUGUUCUGCGAGACGGCCGACGACUGCUGGGACAACGACGCCGAGGCGCGCGUCUCGGCCAGUUGCGUGCUGGAGCGGAUGAGCGCGCUGCGGCAGCACCAGGCGGCGGCCGCCGGCCGGCCGGCCAACCGCUCGCCGAGCGUGCCGACGGUGGCGGCGGCGGCCGCCGGCCAGCCGCCACACGCCGAGCCGCUGCUGGCGCCGGCCGGAUUCGGCCCUCUGUAGUGUCGCCACACCGUGUGUGCCACACCUCAUUGUACCUGCGCGCUGUACCUGCAUGUGUGGCCGACCGCGCCCAGCGGCCGCCCGGCGCCCGGCGUCCGGCCCCAGAGACGGUACAAACCCGCC